CUUCAAGAACGCAUCCUUGAUCUGGAGAAGGAGCGAGAUCUGCUCAAGGAGAAUUGUGAUAAACUAUUCAGCAGCGCCUUUGACGUGACCCAGGAGCAGAAGUGGAAAACCCGAGAGCAGCAGUUGAAGCUGCAGAUCGUGCAGCUCGAGGUGGCCCUCAAGGCUGACCUCGCCGACAAGAAUGAGAUCCUGGACAAGAUCAAGCUAGAGCGUGAGCAAAAUGAGCGGCUGUCGCAGGAGAACCAGGAACUCCAGCUUCGAUUUCUUGAGCAGAAACAGCAGGUGGAUGAAAUGAAAGAUCGUGUUAAGUUCUUUUCCAAGGAGAGUGACACUGACAUAGCCGAGCUCAGCGAAGCAUUGUUGCUUAUAAAGGCCCGUAAGAGCCAGAGGAAUGGGGAGCUAAGCUUCCUGCAGCAGGUGGACGAGGACGUGCAGCGAGACCUGGGCCGCUCCCUGGCGGAGCUGCAGGCCGCGCAUGCCGAGACAGUGCAGGAGCUGGAGAAGACGCGCAGCAUGCUCAUCCUGCAGCACAAGAUCAACAGGGACUACCAGGUAGCGUGGGGCUCGGUGCGUGGGGCACUAGGGCUCUCACUCUGG